AUGAAAGGGUUGGCCAGGGCGUACGUGUGGUGGCCUGGUCUAGAUAAGGACGUCGAAGAAAAGGCUCGCGAGUGUCAAUAUUGUUUGCAGGAACAGCCUUCUCCAGCAUUAUCGAAGCUAGUUCCAUGGCCGGUACCAGAACCCAAUUUCACGAUCGAGCGUACAAUGGAAUGCAUUGCCCGGUUUGGGUUGGUGGACACUGUAGUUAGUGAUAAUGGCACGCAGUUUACCGCGGGCAAAUUUCAAUCGUUUUUGAUGGCUAAUGGUAUCAGGCACUGUCCAACAGCUCCAGGUCAUCCAGCUACUAAUGGUGCUGCAGAGAACUUUGUCAAAACUUUUAAAGCAUCUUUAAAAAAGACGUUAUUAGAAAAGCGAUCGAAAAACCCAUACGAAGUUUGGGUUUGGGAAUACCGUAAGACUCCACAUUGUUCCUCCAAAAUUUCACCCGCUGCUGCCAUGCUAGGUCGAGAGUUGAUUACCAACUUUGACAGAUUGAUCCCUUGUAAAUCACAAGUUAGUGACUCAGCCGCCCUCAGGAAGAAUCUCCAGCGAGCACAAGCAAAGCAACGUGUGUAUCAUAAAGGUAUCAGAUCCAAUAGUUUUCAGCGUGGGGAUAAUGUCCUAGUCAGAGACUACACGGAUCCUAAUCACGCAGGACGAAAGCAGUGA